AUGUUCCGAAUUAUUGCAAAAACCAUAAAAAAGAAGAAAUUCCAUUAUCACUUUUCCACCCAAAGUACAAAAUGUAGUAAAGGCCCUGUGGAUGUUUUAAACGAAAAGAUAGCAAAUGGAGAGAUACAACGUGACGAGAUUCAGCUAAAAGUAGGUAAAUCCCUUCAGCGCAUAUACGAGGAGACGAAAAGCUACCAACCGACUGAAAAAAAUUUGUUAAGCAAGUUUUUUUCUAGUCAAAAGAAAGCCCCAAAAGGUCUCUACAUUUACGGUGCUGUGGGCGGUGGCAAGACAAUGCUCAUGGACCUCUUUUACAACACCUGCAACAUCGAUAAAAAAUCUCGGGUUCACUUCAACGAAUUUAUGGUAGAUGUGCAUGCAAAAAUCCACGAAACGAAAAAAGAAGUGGUUCGGGAUUUCUCAGAGAGAAAGGCCAAACCCUUCGACCCCAUCCCACCUGUGGCUGACCUCAUCAGCAAACGCGCUUGGAUGAUCUGUUUCGACGAGUUCCAAGUCACUGAUGUGGCAGACGCGAUGAUUCUGAAACGAUUAUUCACAGUUUUGUUCCAAAACGGAAUUGUCAUGAUCGCCACCAGCAACCGAUCGCCUGACGAUUUGUACAAAAACGGCCUACAAAGGUCCAACUUCGUCCCCUUCAUUCAAGUGCUCAAAGACCACUGCGAGAUUAUCACUCUCGACUCGGGGAUCGACUACCGAUUGAAAGGCCAAACGACCAAAUCAAAUUACUUCGUCAAGCCCGAACACAAAUUGGACCCAAUUAAGCCAAUCUUCAAGUUCCUCUGUUCCAAAGAAAACGACAUCGUCCGCAACCGCACGUUCACGAUCCAAGGCCGCGACGUCACCUUCAGUAAGGCCUGUGGCGGGGUCUUGGAGACCACGUUCGAGGAGCUCUGUGACCGGCCUUUGGGGGCUAACGACUACCUCCACUUGGCCCAGUUUUUCCACACGAUUAUCAUCCGAGAUGUGCCCCAAAUGAGUUUGAAAAUUAAGUCGCAAACGCGCCGCUUCAUCACACUGAUUGACGCGUUCUACGACCACAGAAUCAAAGUGGUAAUCAGUGCUGACGUCCCAAUUCGCGACCUCUUCUUGCGGCAAAAACUCGAAGUCGGGAUUAGCGACGAGCAGAGAAUGCUAAUGGACGACCUAAAAAUCGGGAAAGAGGACGCCGCCACUGCGAGCAUCUUCACCGGAGAUGAGGAGAUUUUCGCGUUCGAUCGCACAAUUUCACGCUUGACGCAAAUGCAAAGCGAGGAGUAUUGGAACACUGAUGGGACGAGGUGAUAGUUGUGUUUAGGUAAAUCAAUUUAUUAACGAGGUCAUGAUCACAGUAUUUGUUGUUUGUUUGUUAAAUUAUUUAAGAAAUUGUUUUAUGAAUAAAAGUUUUGGGGAAAAAUA